UGCCACCCGAAGGAAACGACGACGUCGACCUCUUUCUUCUUUCGUCCUUCUCUCGCAAAAGAGAGGAGAGAAAAGGGGAAAGCUCCGGCGAUGCUCCGCCACAUCCCGCGGUGGCGCCGCCCCUUGCGGCGGCGAUUCUCCUCCGACGCCUCCCACCACCACCGCAACCACCGCCUCAGAGAACCCCGUCCACCCCCUCCUCCUCCUCCGCUGCUCCAUAACCCUAUCGCCUCUCCCUCUCCCUCUCCCUCCCCAGCUUCGCGCCCCCUCCCCGUAUACGCCUUCGCCGGAACCCUAGUCUCCUCCCUCGCCGUCGCCUGUUACUUGCUCUCCUCCUCCUCCUCGACCCAAUCCGAGCGCCGCGCCCCGAUUCCCGACCAAAUAUACUCGGAACUCGAGGAAACCCUAGAGAGAUCCAAGGGAUCGGUUCGGAGGGUCCUGGAGCGGAUGCGGCAAACCGGGGCCGCCGCCGCCGUGCUCUGGAGGUCGCUUUUCUCCGUGCUCUCGUCGGCCAACCAGGAGGUGCGGUCGGGGUUCGAGCUCCGGGUGGCUGCGCUGGUCGCCGACAUCGCCGCCGCCAAUGCUGUGCGCAGAGAGGCUAUUGUGGGGGCCGGGGGCGGGGCCGUCGUGGAUUGGCUGCUGGAGAGCGUGGCAGGGGCGGGGACUGGUGGGGAGCGGCGCGGGACGCAGGCGGAGGCCGCGAGGGCGCUCGCGCACCUCAUUGCUGAUCCGGGCACGUGUUCCGCCGUGCUCGGGCGGCCGCGCGCUGUUCCGAACCUCCUGAAGUUCAUCUUUUCCUUCCAGCCUAAGCGGCCGAAGAAGAACUUUAAACACUCUUCAUUGGAUGGUUCAGAUCACUACAGUGGGAGGAGCAUGCUUGUCGCUGCUCUCAUGGACAUAAUCACUUCAAACUGUGAUAGUAUGGAUCACUCUUUUCGGUCUUUGUUGCCUGGAAAUGCAGAUAUAAGGGAUAUUGCGGCAGCCAUUGAAGUCGUUGAGCAUGGUGGAAUGCAGUUUGGUGAUCACAAUAGCGAUAAUGACGACGACGAUGAUGGCGACACAGGAAUUAAGGGGAUUGGGAUAAAAGUACUAGGUGGAACAACUAUUAUGGGAUUUUCAGGGGGAAAUAGCAUCUCGGAAUCACAAAAGCCCAAGUAUGAGUUAGAAUUGGCUGCAUAUAAUAGUAGAGGGCUAAUGUUGCAAGAAAAUUUUGUUUCUUACCCAAAAUUUGAGAAGUUGACUUCUGGUACUGUCCCAGGCCUCUGGGAUGAUUUGCAGAGGGAACACGUAGCUGUGCCUUUUGCUACUUGGGCUCUUGCGAAUUGGGCUUUGGCAUCCAAUGUUAAUCGUUCUCAUAUUCAAGAACUUGAUUGUGAUGGCCAUGCUGUUAUGACUGCAUUAACAGCAUCUGAGAGAACAGUGAAAUGGCACGGAUGUUUGGUGGCUCAUGCUCUCUUAGCUGAUCAGAAUUUGCCUUCGAAUCAUUCUGUUUCUGACUGGAGCUCGAGUCUUCUUUCUACAGCUUUUCAUGCUAGUAGAAGUGAAGACAGUCCAUUGGCUCAGCUAGCAUUGUCAACAAUUCUUGUUUCUAUUGAGCGAUGUAAUGAGUCGAAGGUGGUUGUGAGGGAAAAGGGCCUUGAUCUUAUGCGAGAAAUAUCUAAACUGAUGGAAAAGCAAAAAGAUUUGCAAGAAUUGAUAUCUCGUGUUUUGGAUUUGCUUUAUACAAAGGACAGUCCCUUAUCUCUCGAGGAAUGUCAAAGGUGGUCUGGUAUCGUUCUUCGAUGGAUAUUUGGUCAGUUUCAGUCAGAAACAACACAACUAACAGCGAUGAGGAUACUUUCUCGCAUACUGGAAGACAAUGGGCCAGCUGCAAUACCAAUUUCGCAGGGAUGGUUAACAAUGUUGCUUACUGAGGUUCUUGCUUGCAACAAGAUAUCAAAUUCAGAAGGAAGCAGUCCACCUAAACCUGAUAAAGUGAAGAAUCAAAUUGAGCAGUCCAAUAUCUAUUCAGCAACACAGGUUGCCAAUGAGUUAGCUUCUGCUGUUAUAAAACUAGCAGGCAUUCAGUCGGAAAGUGAACCUGAAUCCUCUGACAAACUUCCACUUGCUGAUUUUUUCUCUCUCGAACCAUUUGUUGCACCCCUCAAAAGCUUGAAAAAGGGCAACUUGCCCAAAUUCGAUGCUGCCGAUUCAGCUUUAGCCACACUUAAAGCCGUAAAAGCAUUAGCAGAACUUUGUUCUGAAGAUGCUGCAUGCCAGCAUAAAGUAUCCCGCUAUGGAGUUCUUUUUUUGCUAAGACGUUUCCUUUUGGGUGAUGAUUAUGAGAAGCUUGCUGCAAAUGAGGCUUAUGAUGCAUCAAGAGUCCUUGAGGCACAAGAAGGAAACUCAGCUGGUUCUGGGGAUUCAUCUACAUCAAAUCCUAGGGAUCCCUCCAGCAUUAGAGUACCUCCCACAAUGCAUCUUCGGAGGCAUGCUGCUCGGUUGCUAAAUAUUCUCUCUCUUUUGCCAAAUACCAAGAGAGCUAUUGCUGCUGACGAGAUAUUGCGCGAGUGGCUUGAGGACUGUGCCAGUGGAAGAAUCCCUUGUAAUGAUGUAAAACUACAAAGUUACUGCAGAUCAGCUCUGCUAAACAUAUUUUGCCCGGAAAUGGUAGAUAUGGAAGGAGUAAGUGAUGAAUAUCCUAACAUGGAUGGAGAGUAUAAAAGAAACUGCCCUCAAUAUGGUGAUAUGCUGUUUUUUCUAAACCCAGAGUUACCAUCUUAUAUUAAUUCUGUCAGGAAUCAUUCGGGAUCAGCUGAUUCCCAUAGUUCCUUCCCUUUAAAUAAUGAAUGUUUUGAAAUUGAGAACAGUAACUGCUCCAGCUCUUUAACUGAGGGAGAAGUAGCAACUAAGCCAACAGCUCCUUUACUAGACAUUGUCUUUGUCCACGGCAUUCGAGGUGGCCCUUUCAACUCUUGGCGUAUAGCAGAUAACAAAUCUUCUACUACCAGUAAAGCUGGUCUGGUAGAAAGCGUAGAUCAAGAAGCUGGGAAAGAGGGCACCUGCUGGCCGAGAGAAUGGCUUUCUGUUGAUUUUCCUCAUGCUCGCCUUUUCACUGUAAAAUACAAGACAAAUCUCACUCAAUGGUCUGGAGCUAGCUUGCCUCUUCAGGAGGUUAGUUCCAUGUUACUGAGGAAGCUAAUCGCUGCCGGCAUUGGCAGUCGACCUGUUGUUUUCAUAACUCAUAGUAUGGGGGGCCUGGUUGUCAAGCAGAUGCUUUAUCAUGCAAAGUUGAAUAACUUCAACAAGUUUCUGAACAAUACAGUCGGAAUAGUGUUUUAUAGCUGUCCGCAUUUUGGCAGCAAACUCGCAGACGUGCCAUGUCGUAUGGGCCUGGUUUUCCGUCCAGCACCUUCAAUUGGGGAGCUAAGAAGCGGGUCCCCAAGGUUGGUUGAGCUCAACGAUUUCGUGCGCCGUCUUAACAACAAGGGAGUUCUUGAGGUUCUCAGCUUCAGUGAGACCAAGGUCACACCCAUAGUCGAAGGUUAUGGUGGCUGGGCAUUGAGGAUGGAGAUUGUACCAAUUGAAUCUGCUUAUCCCGGCUAUGGUGAACUUGUUGUGUUGGAUGCAACUGAUCAUAUCAAUUCGUGCAAGCCGGUGAACCGAACAGAUCCUUCUUAUUCAGAGACGCUGGAAUUCUUGAAGAAAUUGUUACCUCGGCUUACUGGGCAACCAUAAUUUAUUCAUUCUUUCUUACCCCCUUUUUCUGCGGUCCAUUCACAUCGAAAUUGAAGUGAUUCAGAUUAUCUAACGCUCAAUCAACACUGAUGAUGAGCCAUGUGGUGAAUAUUCAGGUAAUAGGAUACAGUCAUUUGGUGUACAGAGCUUGGUUACAUGUAAAUGUUUAUUCUUAGUAGAAUUAGGAUUAUUUUGUAUUAUAUUAUUUUGCAUGUUUGUAUGUGCAAAAAAGGACACACGACAAUUCAUUUGUAUAUUACAAUUAAACAUUUGUUGCAUAUAAUAAAAAAAGAUGAAAAUAUUUCCUA